UGCAAUGCUGCCUCCCAUCCCCGGGGUUUAAGACCCGCCCUCCGGAGGCGACUACCUCACUCAUCUGGGACCUGCUGAGCACUCUCUCAGACUAGACCUGCGGAGGAGCAGAGGAGCGUUCGGCCCAGAGGCACUGCUCUGAUUCCCCUUCCCAGGACCCUUGGAGAAAACAAGGAUUCACCUGUAGCAGAGCCUUUCUGCAUAAAUUCCAAGCACAUUGACAAACUUCCAGCUACUCUGGGAGGAGCCAGGUCAAGACUAGGCACAUGUCUGCAUACAAGAUGACAGCCGUCCAUUUGUGAUUAGUGACGCAGCAGCUCCUGCACUUCGUACACUGCUCUCUGGUGUGGAGAGAGGGAAAAGCUGGCCACUUCCACCAGCAACUUUGGAACUAUGGCUGGGGAGCUGAACACUUCGAUGUACUCAGAGAUCCAGAGAGAGAGAGCGGACAUUGGGGGCCUCAUGGCCCGGCCAGAGUACAGAGAGUGGAACCCAGAACUCAUCAAACCCAAGAAGCUAGUGAACCCUGUGAAGGCCUCCCGGACCCACCAGGAGCUUCACCGGGAGCUGCUCAUGAACCACAGAAGGGGCCUGGGUCUGGACAGCAAGCCUGAGCUACAGCGGGUCCUGGAGCAUCGGCGCCGGAACCAGCUGAUGAAGAAGAAGAAGGAAGAGCUGGAGGCCAAGCGGCUGCAGUGCCCCUUCGAGCAGGAACUGCUGAGACGGCAGCAGAGACUGAACCAGCUGGAAAACCCACCACAGAGGGAGGAGGACCACGCCCCAGAGUUCAUCAAAGUGCGGGAAAACCUGAGGAGAAUUGCCACACUGACAAGUGAAGAGAGAGUGCUGUAGAGCCCCCGCUGCUCAGCUCCUGCCCUGGCCACUCACUCUCACCCAGGCCCUCCCCCAGCCCUCCUGAACCAGCAGCCAUAAUGCCGUACACAAGGCUCCCACGUAGAUGUGCAGACCCAGGAACCUGGCUGUCCCUGGGAAUCUGGGGUCCUCGACACCCCAGACAGGGAGGGCUGUAGGCCUCUGGACACCCCCUAAAGGCUUUUCAUUCUGAGCACCCAGCCUUCCUGCCAUCUUCUCCCUGGUCUCUCAGAGGUGGUUUCCCUGGCAGAACUGGGAAGGAAGGCCGGGAGUCACUCGAUUCUGCCCAGCUUCCCACUGAGACCAUUUCUGGGAGCAGCCCAGCUUCUAGGUGUUGGGAACACUCUAGCCUGUUGGUUGAUCUGAGGCCAGGUGUGGGACAACUAAGCAAAUUUAGACCCCUGGACACGUGUCUUAGAAGUCACAGAGCAGGGAAAGGCUCAGCAAUCCAUGUGAAGAAGGGCAUCGUAGGCCGCAGCAGGCUGUGGCUGGGUGAGAAGAAUCCUAACCAAGGCAGUUUUGGGCCUUGCCCGCUGUGUCCUGUGCUUGAGCUCUUAUUUGUCCUCCCACAGCCCUCCCAAACUAGACUGCUUAACACACCCCACCAGACUGCAGCACUGGGGCUCUCAGCUUAGAAUACACUUUGCCAACUUUACUGUAUGAACAGAUCCCACAGAAUCCCAUUAAAGUACAGCUUCCCAGGG